AUGGCAUCAUGUAUUCCUUCCAAUGAUAAUCUCCAAACUCUACUAUUAGUAAACAACACUGAUCUUGUUGAUUACAAGAGACCAUCAUCAGCAUCAACCUCUUAUUCUUCUCUUAAGAAAAUUUACACUGUUCUUUGUUUUGCCGCCAUCGUUUGCUCUACUGCAUUUAUAGGUUACCAUCUAUUGCCAUUGUCGACAUCACAGUUUGUUGUCGUCCCUUCUCAUUUAUGUGAUAAGGCCUACAACCAAACUUCAUGCACAGACAUGGAUUUGCUUCCAAUGUUUUUGGAAAAAACAUUGUCACAUAUUAGCAACUCUAAAGAUGUUAUUACUAAUGGUCUUAAUAGCCAUUCUAAUGACUUGAAGGAAAAAUCAGCUCUAUCAGUUUGUGGCAACCUAAUGAGCUUAUCCAUUGAUGGAGUCAUGGAUUCAAUAAUGGCUUUAGAAUCAUUGACUCCUUCAUCAUAUGUUGAUGCUCACACAUGGCUUAGUGCUGUACUUACAAACCAUGUUACAUGCUUAGAUGAACUUAGUGAGUCAAGUAAGCAGGUUAACAUAGUAGUGGAGGCAGAAGAUUUGAUAGCUAAAGCAAGAACUUCCUUAGCCAUGAUAACUGCAAUAUCACCUCCAAGGAACGACGACAACGAUGGCCCGUACCCUUCAUGGGUGAAAUCAAGUGACCGGGCCAACUUUCUGGAUGGUUCUUCGGAGAUGGUGAUACCAAAUGUUGUUGUUGACAUGUAUGGUAGUGGAACAUAUAUGACGGUUCAAGAGGCAGUUGAAUCCGCACCGAAUAUGAGUCAUACCCGGUAUGUGAUAUAUGUGAAGAAGGGUGUUUAUAACGGGCAAGUCAUUGUUGGGAAGCACAAGAGGAAUUUGAUGUUUGUUGGUGAUGGCAUGGAUUUGACGAUCAUUACAGGGAGCCUUAAUGUUGCUGACGGAAUGCGAACUUUCACUUGCGGUACAGUUCUUGUAGAAGGUGCUGGAUUCAUGGCUCAAGACAUGGCAUUUGUGAACGCAGCUGGUCCCGGUAAGGAACAAGCAGUGGCAAUCCGAGUUAGUGCAGAUAGAGCUGUUAUAAAUCGAUGCAAAAUGGACGCAUACCAGGAUACACUUUACGUUCAUUCUCAUCGUCAAUUCUAUAAAAAUUGUGUGAUCAUAGGUACUGUUGAUUUCAUCUUUGGUGAUGCGGCUGUGGUAAUUCAGAGUAGCAAAAUCAUACCAAGAAAACCCCUGCCAGGCCAAAAAAAUAUGAUAACAGCACAAAGUCGGUCCGAUCUGAACCAAAAUACUGGUAUUUCGAUCCAGAAUUGCACAAUAGAACCUAGCUUGGAUUUAGCAGCAGAAAUCACACUAACAAAAACAUAUCUGGGUCGUCCUUGGAGAAAUUAUUCAAGAACUGUUUUCCUCGAAUCAUAUAUCGGAGGUUUUAUUGAUCCAAAAGGAUGGCAUGAAUGGAAUGAUGAUGUGGGUAUUGACAAAUUGUAUUAUGGUGAGUUUGCGAAUUGGGGACCGGGUGCCAACACGUCUGGAAGAGUUGAUUGGCCGGGUUACCAUGUGAUCACAAAUCCUCUUGACGCCAUGAAUUUCACAGUAGCGUCGUUCAUUCAAGGAGAUGAGUGGUUAGAUUCAACAGGAGUGGACUAUACUUUAGGGCUUUUCAAUUACUCCAACUAUGUAUAA